AUGGUAGAGGAUCCGAGGCAGUUGGAGAAGAGGUCACUGGAGGAUGACAUGAGAGCACUACUGGGCUUAGAUCGUGACGAUUUGGACCACGAGGCGCAGGUUGGAGAGAUCUCCAGAGAGUCUAAGUGGCACUCGCACCCACAGAUAUUGAGUGACAACCGACCUCAUCGCGAGUUCACGGAUGCUGAUACGUUGAGACACGAGAUGUGGAUGGAGAUAGCUGCCGUGAUGGAUGGUGCACAGGGUAGUAGGGUGGAGUGGCAUGCUAGGUCCAACGAGUACUAUGACUUAUGUCAUGGAGUUGGGAACAUGUGGCCCGAGUUUAGGAGGAAGUGGGGUUUUCUACCACCUCCACAGUAG